GAUAUGAUAGCUGGUGCUGGACCUUACUUUAAACACCGACAGUCAUUCUGCAACAAAGUUCGUACAGUUGCGAUUUGUCCGCGGUCGAAGUAGGAAGUGUUUCAGUGCGAUUGAAUGUGAUUGAGUGGAUUCGUAAGUGGAUGUGCAGGAACAGAAAAAAAACGUACGCAGCCAGUUUCAUGGAACGGAAUACCAGGCGUCUCCAUCAAGUUUUAACAAACGUGAUUUAUGGGUGAACACAGUGAAAAAAUGAUGUUAUUUUUAAUGUAAAAAAAAUCAAGCACAAAAGCACUUAAGCAAUGGCCUAUUGGCUUCCGUAACGGGUGAUAAAUGUUCCAAAAUGAUGGUGAAAAUAAUAAGUAAUGAAAUGUACCACCAUCCAAAGUGGUCCGUUGAGCGAUGAAACGUGCUCGAGCGUUUUUCCGUUGUUGUUCGAUGGUAAAAUUGUACAGUGUACCGCUUCCGGAAAGUGGAAAGUCUAUUGUGGUUAGUAUGAAAUGUGGUAGAAUCACUUAGCGAAGCAACAAUAAGCGAUCAAUAAGUGCGAGUGUGAAAAUUGGCCCAACUCUCCUGUGGCCUGAUCCGGCCCGGGCAAGUGCGUUAUUAAUUUUUCCAUCCGGUAUGUUUAUUUGCGGUGGGGUAGAAAAGCAGCCAAAGAUUCAGAUCAGUUCCCCUAUGGUGUUAUAAUUUGAAAAGUUUUACCACCAGCCGCGAUCACUUCUACAUACAAGCAGAUUGUAAACGCUUCCGCUAGGCGUUACACAGCGGCCGGUGAACGUGUCUGGGAAACGAAUGGUGUAGAUUGUUCCUACGGGCCAAGGAUGUGACCACAUGUUCCCACCGGAACAACAAAAAACAAUAAAACCUCUGCCCAUGACGACGUUGCCAGCUUGCCAUACUUAGUGUACAGUGGAAACAGUAGAGCAAACAACAAAAAAUAUUUAUACAGCAAAUACGAAACAAUUUGUGGAGAAAUUUAUAUAUUGCGAAGUAAUAACCGGAAUACAAAGCAAUUCUUUCUUCAAUGAUACUGCGCUUCUUUCGCCGAGUAUGAAUUCUACGCAACAGUCUCCGGUACGACGGUGCGCAAAGCUUCACUGCUGGAAAUGCUAUCUGAACGAUGUUCCGUCUCCGAAGCGAAUCACCCUUCGGUCAACAGUUUACUAUCAACGAGUUGUACGCAAAAACCAGCAUUCCAAUUUGCGACCGUUGAUAUGAUAAUGCGUAUUAUCCUUCACCUCAGUCAGGAUUAUCCACAACGCAUCAACUGGGGUCGCAUCGCCGUCCACGGAUAGUGCGAUAAUACCGCAAAAAGUACAGAAAGAGAACGGAAAACAAAAACAUCGUUAUAAAUCACACACAGGGCGAAAGAACACAUUCUCCAACGGAAAAGCAUAGACAGCGGUAACAAAACAUCUAUCCACCCAUCCGCCAUGGAAUCCGUGCUGACCCGCUUCAAUCUAACGCUCGACAAUAUGACAACGUUAAGCUCCAACAUACGGCAGGGGCUUAUCGAACAGUACAGCAACAACCGUAAGGUGGCCGACCCUUGGUAUCACAUCCUGAUCGUCAUGUACGGUACCUUGAUCGUGUUCGGUGCGACGGGUAACAGUCUGGUGGUGUUGGCCGUCGCCCGGAAACCACAGAUGCGAACGGCUCGCAAUAUGUUCAUCGUGAACUUGGCCGUUUCCGAUCUACUGUUGUGCCUAGUAACAAUGCCACUGACACUGGUGGAAAUUCUUACCAAGUACUGGCCGAUGGGUCGGUUACCAUUUUUGUGCAAAUCCAUCGGCACGCUACAGGCAACGAGCAUCUUCGUAUCGACCAUCUCCAUCACCGCCAUUGCAUUAGAUAGGUAUCAAGUAAUUGUUUAUCCAACACGCGAUAGCCUUCAGCUAAUGGGUGCCAUCGCCAUCCUGACCGGUAUCUGGAUCAUCUCGAUAGUGUUAGCCUCACCGAUGUUCAUCACCCGGCAGCUGAUCCACUACGACGUUAAUCUGCCGAGCCUCGGCAUAGAGUAUGUGUCGUACUGCAUCGAGGAUUGGCCGAUUGCGUACGGACGCGUGUACUAUUCGGCGUUCACACUCUGCGUACAGUACGUGCUACCUAUAUUGAUAGUUUCCGUCGCAUAUCUGCGAAUCUACCUAAAGCUAAAGCACCGACUGGUGGUCGGUACAGCUUCCAGCACGAGCGGGAAACCCGGUGAAGCGAAACCGGUACGGGAGCGGGAACGUGGCCGAAGAAUGCAACGGACCAACUACCUGCUGAUCAGUAUUGCACUAAUCUUUGGCGUUUCCUGGCUACCGCUAAAUCUGUUCAACCUGUUCGCCGAUCUGUACGUGCAUGCCAUCACCCAAGACAUUAUGGUGGCGUACGCGAUCUGUCACAUGGCUGGCAUGAGUUCGGCCUGCUCGAAUCCGCUACUGUACGGUUGGUUGAAUGACAAUUUUCGGAAAGAGUUCAACGAACUGCUCUGCCGGUCGUCGUCGGGCGGCCCGGGCGGAUCGGGCGGCCCGGGCGGAUCGGGCGGUCACUCGAAUGGAAGCCGAGCGAACGGAGCAGCUGCCACAGCCGGACGAACGAAACUUGCUCGAACUGCGACCGACGGUGGAGCUGAGGAUCGAACGCUACCAGAACUAACGCAGCACCGUCCGAGCCAUUGGAUCAAUCAAUCCGAAGUGCUUACAGACAACGACGAGGAGCAGCAGAAGCUUUGCGAAUCGAACGAACACCAGGAGCAGGAGCAGCUUUGCUCAAGAGUGAAUGAAUGCUGAAACGAAAGCGCCUAACGUUAUGCAACCCGUGUGUCUGCCAGCUAAUCAACGCUUCAUUCAAAAACGUGCCUACCGUUGCGCAGCCUAGCCACAAGUGGAGCUGACUGACUGACGUGUGUCCGUUUCGCUACCAUGGCAAUGGAGAAAAUCUUGAGCCCAACGAUGAAUUUCGAUGCUAAUCAAUCCUCCCCCAUUUCAUAUAUACAUACACACACGUACUACAAAAACUAAUCGGAAUCAUUGUGCGGGACAACCUUUCCCUGAUUGAUUCCAGCGAAAUUCAUCGCUCCAUGGCCGUAGGCUAGCUCGGUACCGUACCGGAAGCUUCUCCACUUGUUGCUCGCACGAUGCCAGCAGUUCCGCACGAAAAGGUUAUCAGAUCGUCACUAUGGUUGUCAUCUCGUUGUACACAGCACAGAUUCAAAAAUUUCUCGAUGAAUUUUACGACUUUACGAUGCCGAUUGGUGCUACACCAUGUGAAGGAAGCGACUACAUCUGUACAUAUAGCGAUUAGAUGUCGAACGUGAUAUCGAUAGUGAAAUAGAAUGGGAAAACCCACACGGCAAAAAGCAUAGGUUCUGCACCAAACGGGUCGGAUCAGAUCAUUAGGGUCUGGACCGGGGGCGAAACGUUGUGUAGCCAAUUUAAAUUAAGGCCGUUGCGCUGCAAGAUUGUACUUCCAUCGGUCUGACGUUUGCAGGAGGGCAGACGGGCUAGUAAAUCCUGAUAAAGUAUUUUCUAAGAUUAAGCUUAUAUAGUUUCCACUCUGUUCACAAGCCCGGUUUGCCAAUGGAGAAUGUUUCAAAUAAAGAUAUUUGAUGGUUUCGUUAUAGAUUCGUUUAAAAAAAAUGCUACAACUUUAUUUGUGUGUUUUUAAGUUUUGCAUUACUUACUCUUUGACCGGAUAUUCCUGACGAUGACAUCAUCUGUGACUCAAAAAAAAAAAUAUUUUUUUUUGCUAUCGCUUGAAAGUUGGCAGGAAAAGAAAGUUACGUUUAACAUAUCAUUCCAGCGGUAAGUAUUUAUUCGUUCUCGGCAGUUGAAGCACACUUGCUUCAUUACCGUUUGCCGUUGCCGUUGUGCUGAUUGCGUAAUUGACAGUGGGGUCGCAGACAGGGCAUCCUCAAUUAUUUUCCUACUAACGAGCGGCUUUGGCUCAAGCGAAUUGAUUGAUAUUGUUGAUAUCUAGCUGUCGACAGAUAUGUUUGCUUUGGAGGUUUCGUGCAUGGCUGUAUCGACAUAUCGGCAGGGACGAGAAUUCGACCGAAUCGGAAGUGGUUCAGUUGCGCGAGUUAAGAGUCAACGUCAUCGUCAGCAAUAUCGAUGUCAGCAACAUCGAUGUCCGUUGCUGUUUCCGACCGCAUCCAAAUGCACGGACAGCAUAAAACCGAUUAGCAACAAAAUUGCUAUUCGGCAGAACUAGUGCAUCGAUACAAUUCUGACGUCGUCGCAGUUCGGUACACCUCCGUUCCCUCCCUUCCUCCAUCCACCCAAUUAUUGGCUGUAAAGGCAAUAAACUAACAUUCAGUAAUCGGCACUCGACGCGUUAACAAUUAUUUCAUCCGCUCAUCAUUCGUCCGAAACUUAACUGGCGCCCGAAUAGGGACCUGAUAAAAGUGAGGCGUUAAUAUAAUAUCAAACCUGCACAACGCUCGGUAGUUAAAGCAGUCGUGUCGUGUCGUGAAAAUCAUCUCCAAAUAAGUGAGGACAAAUCUAUCCUGCAUCAACGGAGUGGAACGAGUUCGGGACAUCUCUCUCGAAUCAAACUGAAGGCCCCCAGUAGAACAACACAUCAAAAAGGAUCACCUGAAGAUUGGACGUUUCCGCCCGAAGGAGGAUUGAACAACCCACAACCUGCUGCAUACCAUAGAAGCGAUCAGAGUUCAUCUGGACUGGAUGAUGAUGUCGGUUCGUUCGUUGCUGAUUCUGAGUCUGUAAGUUAAGUGACUAGCAUUAAAAAUAUUAUUAAUCGAUAAGUGAAUCAAGUGUGCGUGAACUAUCGGAAAAAAUAUUUCAAGUUAGUGUAAAUUUAACUGCAUUUGAAAAUUGAAAAGCGUGAACUAGGUAUAACCAUCAUUUUAAAAUUUUCGGCAUCAUAAAUUUACCUUUUUUUUAUAUUUUACGUAAAAUAAAAAAUUCAAAAUUCCAUUUUCAAAACAACGAGCAAAUUUGCAAAACAGGAACAGGAUGUUGAAUCAAACUAUCAUCUCCAAUACCAUGAGCCGCGAGGAGUAUUUGAACAUAGGGAAAGUGCCAGAGUAUGUCAAAGAGUUACCUGUUUUUUGUGGAAAAGCCUCAAGCUUACCGAGUUGGAUA